AUUGAAAACAUUAUUGGCAUUGUUGAAUUCGAUUUUCAUAAUGACAAGCAAGGGCGGAUGUUUUGGUUAGCUAAUCUAGCAAGUCUGGUUGUUUGGCUACCACGGCAACUACUGUAGCUAUCUAGUAAACUUGCUAGCUACUUCAGCGGAUGUUGAACACAUUUCUACCGGCAAAUGUGUUACAUUAUAGCCAUGGUUCUAUGCGUUCUCUGGAAAAUGAUAGUCGUGGAACACACCUUCCACGUUGUUCAUUAUUUUCCAUAGAACGCAUAGCCCCUCGUUGAUUGUCCCUUACACUAUUCAUUCCUGAACAGCCAGGCAUGAUUCAUUGACAUUAGCAACUCAACCAAGUGUGCGUUUGGGCGUGCAUAUUAAAAUAUCUUACAAAUAGCCCUCCAUUCACUCAGUGCUUUAUGUAAACACAUUCAUUAUGUGUAGACAUACUGCCAUAUACAUUGAAACCAUUUCUACACUGUAUAUAUAAAAUGUGCUUGGUCAAAUAUAACUUCUAUGGUCCUGUGCUAUGUAUAGCUUUUUGUUUAGAUAUGCUCUUACUGGGUCUUACUGUAAAUAAUGAAUAGGCUCCCUCUAGUCUUUAUGAAUAUUUCUGGUAGCUCCUAGAAAGCAUGGUUAUCUUUGAGUGUCAUGUCGUGCCUUUGGUGUGUAUAAAAAGUGUUUUCAACUUGUAUUUUGGGGUCAAGUCCAUUUCAAUGUAUUUCAAUUUGAAGAACUUGUUUUGACUCAAUUUAAAUUGAACCAUGAUAUAAACAGACAUUUUGAAACUAAACAUCUGAUACUUUGUUUACCUUGGCAGCUACCUCCCGAGUGGCGCAGCGGUCUAAGGCUCUGCAUCUCGGUGCUAGAUGUGUCACUACAGACCCUGGUUCGAUUCCAGGCUGUAUCACAACCGGCCGUGAUUGGGAGUCCCAUAGGGAGGCGCACAAUUGUCCCAGCGAUGUACGGAUUAGGGUUUGGCCGCCGUUGACUUGCCUAGUUAAAUAAAGGCUGCAGCUGACUUCGUGAAGGCCCACUUGCCAGAGUCUCUGAGGCAGCAGCUGCUGUCCUAUGACAGGGAGAAGAGGGAGGGCGUUCUCUCCUACCACAGCAUCCUGGAGCAGCGCAUCCUGGCUGUGGACCGAGACAUGGUGGACAAGCUCUCCGCCAAUCAUGACGAAGCAGGCACUACAUGUCUGGUGGCCCUGCUAUCAGACCGGGAGCUAACAGUGGCCAACGUUGGGGACUCGCGGGGCGUGCUGUGUGACAAGGAUGGGAAUGCGGUGGCCCUGUCACAUGACCACAAGCCCUACCAGCUCAAAGAGCGCAAGAGGAUCAAGAGGGCAGGGGGCUUCAUAAGCUUCAACGGUUCAUGGCGAGUCCAGGGCAUCCUGGCCAUGUCUCGAUCGCUGGGCGACUACCCCCUGAAGAACCUCAACGUGGUCAUCCCCGAUCCUGACGUGUUGACCUUUGACCUGGACAAGCUGCAGCCCGAGUUCAUGAUCCUGGCGUCGGACGGCCUGUGGGACGCCUUCAGCAACGAGGAGGCGGUGCGCUUUGUGCGCGAGCGCCUGGACGAGCCGCACUACGGUGCCAAGAGCAUUGUGCUGCAGUCCUUUUACCGCGGCUGCCCAGACAACAUCACUGUCAUGGUGGUCAAGUUCAAGAGUGGUCCCGUGGGGAGCAGGGCUGGGGAGUAGAGAUGGUGAUGAGGUCACGAUGUCAUGAUAGGGUCAUCAUUAUUGUUGGAUUGUCUCUUCUCCCUUGUUGAUAGUGUAGCAAGCUAUCAACCUGGGGAGGAUUGGGAACUGUCGCAACCUGGAUACCUGGCAUUCUCUUUGACACGCACGUACCCCUACACCCAAAACUAUUCGUUUUCAUUUCUGACCAUAACUUUUGGAUAGAUACACAUUUUUGUUUGAUAUAUGGAUUUUACUCUGAAGCUGGAGUGCUAGAUCGUCCUGACACACACACCUCCGUCUCACACGUUGGCAUUCAGCAUGAACACUAAUCUCAUCCAUUCAACCUUUACUGACACACAACUGGAGAUCACCCCUUCUGCAUCAAUGAGAAGAUGACUCUCUGACUCAACCAGCACUGCAUACUGUGAUCUACUGUUCUCUACCAACAAACAACAGCAGUCAAAGGACAGACAAUGUCCUGAAGAGAAAAAAAAAGAAAAAAAGUACCUUUUGGGACUUUUAUUGUUGUGGAAUGAUAAGCCCUUAUAUCAGCCCAUAAAAAUGCUGUAAGUUCCUUGGUCGUAUACAGGAUCAAACCCUGACUUAGCUCCAGCCAUUGCCUUUUUUUGUUAACACAGUCUUAACCAGGCUGAUGUAUAGUUACUCUAUUAUGGUACUGGACCUGUAUAGGAUAUUUGUUUAGCCUAUCCAUGUUUGGGAAAGAUCUGUGAAUGUUAGCACACAGGUGUUGGUGCUUCCGUCGGAGUCGACUGAUUCAAAGGCUACACAGCUGAGACAGGAAGGCUAAUUGCCAGUAAUAUGCAAUAUGAUUGGAGUGAAUACUGAUGUGUCAAUAAGGCCAGGAUCAUGUUAGAGACCAAGGAUGGCCAACUUUGCUCCAGAAGUAGCAGCAGUGUGUGCAGGGUUUCAUUCCAGCCCAGCACACCUGAUUCAAAGAGUUUUAAGUAAUAAAGACUGCACACACGGGUUAUCCAGGAACAGUUGGCCACCCUUGUGUUAGUUUUACUACUGUACUACUGUAUUGAAUACUAAAAUUACUACUGUAUUUCAUAGGUACAUUUUAUGCUUGAAAUUGUGGCAAGCCUUUUAUAAUUUAACAAUGUACCUUAUUUGCCUUAUUUGUUGUUUCCGUUUUAAUAUUAUUGCCAAAACAAAACAUAUACAGCUGUUUAUUGUUGACCUUUACACAUGCAUAAGUCGAUGAUGUAACAACAAGCGUCGCUUGUAGACAGCUCACCUACAAGUCACUCGUAUACUCUGCCAAACACAAAAUGUACGACUUUGCUGAAUACAGUCUGUCAGUAUUAAAAUUCAAUGCUACCUUGUGAAA